AUGGCUAUUGCAAUCUCCUCCAAAAUCCUGGCACCUGUACCACAAGUCUUGGACAACAAUCUGAAAACUCUGUAUAGCGAAGCCAUGGAUUUGCGCAGCUUGCAUUACUUUACUGUUCUUUUUGGCCAUGAAGGGCAGAAGCCACUGGAGCUCCGUUGCGAGGAUGAAGUUGAUGGAGAUGAAUGGGUAGAAGCUAUUCACCAAGCUAGUUAUUCAGAUAUUCUGAUUGAAAGGGAGGUGUUAAUGCAGAAGUACAUUCAUCUCGUCCAGAUUGUAGAGACCGAAAAGAUUGCAGCCAAUCAGCUUCGACAUCAGCUUGAAGAUCAAGACACAGAAAUUGAAAGACUUAAAUCUGAGAUUAUAGCUCUCAAUAAAACAAAAGAAAGAAUGCGACCUUAUCAAGGCAACCAGGAAGAUGAGGAUCCAGAUAUUAAAAAAAUUAAAAAGGUCCAGAGCUUUAUGCGGGGCUGGUUAUGUAGAAGAAAAUGGAAAACUAUUGUCCAAGAUUAUAUUUGUUCUCCCCAUGCAGAAAGUAUGAGAAAAAGGAAUCAGAUAGUUUUUAACAUGGUGGAGGCUGAAUCUGAAUACGUGCAUCAACUUUAUGUUCUUGUGAACUGUUUUCUGCGGCCCUUAAGAAUGGCUGCAAGUUCAAAGAAGCCACCUAUCAGUCACGAUGAUGUUAGUAGCAUUUUCCUCAACAGUGAAACAAUCAUGUUUCUUCAUGAGAUAUUUCACCAAGGCUUAAAAGCAAGAAUAGCUAAUUGGCCUACCUUAAUCCUAGCUGACUUAUUUGACAUUCUGCUGCCAAUGCUGAACAUAUAUCAAGAAUUUGUUCGGAAUCAUCAAUAUAGUCUACAAGUACUGGCAAACUGUAAGCAAAACAGAGAUUUUGACAAACUUUUGAAGCAAUAUGAAGCCAACCCAGCAUGUGAGGGGCGAAUGCUGGAGACUUUCCUUACUUACCCCAUGUUUCAGAUUCCUAGAUAUAUUAUAACACUCCAUGAACUUCUGGCUCACACACCACAUGAACAUGUUGAGCGAAAAAGCCUUGAAUUUGCUAAAUCUAAACUAGAAGAACUUUCAAGGGUGAUGCAUGAUGAAGUGAGUGACACAGAAAACAUCCGGAAGAAUCUAGCCAUAGAAAGAACAAUAGUAGAAGGCUGUGAUAUAUUACUGGAUACCAGCCAAACUUUUAUACGCCAAGGUUCCCUUAUUCAAGUCCCUUCAGUUGAAAGGGGAAAACUUAGUAAAGUUCGUCUGGGAUCAUUAUCUUUGAAGAAAGAAGGAGAAAGGCAGUGCUUCUUAUUUACAAAACAUUUUUUAAUUUGUACGAGAAGUUCAGGAGGAAAACUGCAUCUGCUCAAGACAGGAGGUGUUCUGUCUUUAAUAGAGUGCACACUGAUCGAGGAGACAGAUGCAAGUGAUGAUGAUUCAAAAGGUUCUGGACAAGUGUUUGGACAUCUUGAUUUCAAGCUUGUAGUUGAACCUACGGAUGCUCCUCCUUUUACUGUUGUCCUUUUAGCCCCAUCACGACAGGAGAAAGCUGCAUGGACAAGUGAUAUAAGUCAGUGCAUUGAUAAUAUAAGGUGCAAUGGUUUAAUGACCAUAGUGUUUGAAGAAAACUCAAAAGUCACAGUGCCACAUAUGAUCAAAUCCGAUGCUCGUCUUCAUAGAGAUGACAUCGAUAUCUGCUUCAGCAAAACACUGAAUUCCUGCAAAGUACCCCAAAUCCGUUAUGCAAGCGUCGAGCGCCUUCUGGAGCGGCUUACAGACUUGCGAUUUCUAAGUAUUGAUUUCCUGAAUACAUUCCUACAUACUUACCGCAUAUUUACUACUGCAGCUGUUGUACUGGAAAAACUUUCAGACAUAUACAGACGGCCCUUCACUUCCAUUCCCGUCAGGUCCUUGGAGUUAUUCUUUGCCACCAGUCAAAACAACAGAGGAGAGUACCUGGCUGAUGGGAAGUCACCACAUCUCUGUCGCAAGUUUUCUUCUCCUCCUCCGUUGUCACUUUCCAGAACCUCCUCACCUGUCAGAACCCGAAAACUCUCGUUGACCUCACCACUGAAUUCAAGGAUCGGUGCCCUUGACCUCUCUACUUCAUCUGCAGCAAGCAGUCCUACCUCGACCUACAGCCCGGCCACCUCCCCGCCACCAACGGGUAGCAAAGUACCGCUGGACCUUAGCAAAGGGCCCUCCUCUCCUGAGCAAAGCCCUGGCUCCAUAGAGGACAAUCUGGAGAACCCUCGCGUUGACCUCUGUAACAAGCUGAGGAGAAGCAUUCGAAGAGCAGCAGUUCUAGAAUCUGUGUCAGUGGACCGGACAAUUCCUGAAAGCACCUCAGCAGUGGACACCACAGAGCUUUCCCCAUGUAGAUCCCCUUCGACACCACGUCAUCUCCGCUAUCGUCAACCAGGAGUACAAACUGCUGACAACAGCCACUGUUCGGUUUCUCCUGCUUCUGCUUUUGCUAUUGCUACAGCUGCAGCAGGGCACGGGAGUCCACCAGGUUUUAACAAUUCUGAACGCAUGUGCGACAAAGAGUUCAUAAUACGCAGAGCAGCCACAAAUCGCGUCCUAAAUGUUUUGCGCCACUGGGUCUCCAAGCAUUCUCAGGAUUUUGAGCUGAACAAUGAGCUGAAAAUGAAUGUGUUAAAUUUGCUGGAAGAAGUUUUGAGAGACCCUGACCUUCUACCACAAGAAAGGAAAGCUACUGCAAAUAUACUGAGGGCUCUUUCUCAGGAUGAUCAAGAUGAUACCCAUUUAAAAAUAGAGGAUAUCAUUCAGAUGUCCGAUUGUCCAAAACCAGAGUGCUUUGAGACUUUGUCAGCCAUGGAGCUUGCAGAGCAAAUAACUCUUUUAGAUCACGUAGUUUUCCGAAGCAUACCGUAUGAAGAGUUUCUUGGGCAGGGCUGGAUGAAAGUGGAUAAAAAUGAGAAAACACCCUAUAUUAUGAAAACUAGUCAACAUUUUAAUGAUAUGAGUAACCUUGUUGCCUCCCAAAUCAUGAAUUACACUGAUGUCAGCUCCCGGGCUAACUCAAUUGAGAAGUGGGUAGCAGUAGCUGAUAUCUGUCGAUGUAUGCACAAUUAUAAUGGUGUGUUAGAAAUCACAUCAGCCUUGAACAGAAGUGCAAUCUACAGACUUAAGAAAACUUGGGGUAAAGUAUCCAAACAGACAAAAGCUCUCAUGGACAAGCUUCAGAAGACUGUAUCAUCUGAAGGAAGAUUUAAAAAUCUUAGAGAAACACUCAAAAAUUGUAACCCACCUGCUGUUCCCUACCUUGGAAUGUACCUGACGGACCUGGCAUUCAUUGAAGAAGGAACACCAAACUUCACUGAGGAAGGCCUUGUCAAUUUUUCCAAAAUGAGAAUGAUCUCACAUAUAAUCAGGGAAAUACGCCAGUUCCAGCAGACCUCCUACCGCAUAGAGCAUCAGCAGAAGGUCACUCACUAUUUACUUGACAAGACACUCAUCAUAGAUGAAGAUACCUUGUAUGAGCUUUCCCUAAAGAUUGAACCCAGACUCCCUGCCUGAAGAGCCAGCUUUACCUCAGCGUCUACAGAAAGCUUUAGUACAAUGAACAAAAUCAUGCAUGCCAAGUCCUAAAGACAGCAAGGGAAAUAUUGAGAAGAAUGCAAGCUCUCUUUUCCAAUAGGAGAUACAGAGCCUCACAGCAUUUCCCUCUCAGGCAAUGAAAAUGAGCGUUGGAGGUGGAAGGCAAAGAUGCCUCCUACCUGGAUUAAGUGAUUGCUGCUUUGCAAAGAUAAUGGUUUGCAGUAGGGACUAUGCAUUUAAUGGAAAAUAGGAGACUUUCCUGUGAACGGGUAGUAAUUGUAGCCAUCUUAUGUGACAAAUUAAGGGGACAGAUUUAAAUGGUGGUAAUAUACUCAGGUAUAUUAAGAUAAAUGAGCAAAAUGAGAUGGCUGUGAUGUGGUCUGGGUUGAUGGCUAACUAUGCGUUCACUGAGGCAGUAAUGAUAGUGGUGUCCUCAUAUUGUGUUAACUCAAUUGAAAAAACAGGAUCUUAACAGUCAUCUGCUAUCUUGGAGUGACAUUAAGGUAGCAUCUAGUAUCUUCAGAUCUGCGGUUGUUCAAAAUACCUGCUAUACAUUUAAUACUACCCUUUAUAAAGUGUUACCUUCUUUAAAUGUCUUGUCAGCCUUUUCUAAGGUGACUGAUUUUACCUAUAAAUGAACUGUAAAUAUUUUUUCAUUAAUACACAAUGAGAGUAUUUACAGCAUGGAAAGCAAAUGGACUAGUUGAAUAGCUGUAAAUAGUUGCCAGCCUUGCAAGCUUCAGCUGGGAAAUACAAGGUUAGGAGCUAUACCUGAGACUCGAGAAAUCCGGACAUACAGUGAAUUGGAUGGUUAGCCAUGUUGCACACAGCCCUGGAAAAGGCACUUUAUUUUUCUGCACUUCCUGCAGCUUCUCUGACAAGUCAGGCUACAGAGCACUUUCUGGACACACUGUGGAGAGAAAUACAUGUCUGGUCUGGCAAUGGGUAGUGAUCAGCAAUGAACACUAGGAGUUGGAGUGACAGUUUUGUUUUAUGUGGAAUUGGUGGUUUGAAAAAUGUCUGGUUUUUUGUUCCAGUGCCAUUCGGCAAUGACUUAGCUCUAAAAUAGUUCAAAUCAGUGGCAAACUUUGAAUGCCAGCAAACACGAUAUAUUUUUAUCUGAGCUAGUAAUUAUCAUCUGCAUAUGGGCAUAUGGUUAAGAAAAUGUGCUGUUUGUAAAUGUUUUCAAAGCAUAUGCUUUUGUGACAUACCAGGUAGGUAGAUGUCAUUUCUACAGCUAGUUGGUACUUCCUAAAUUUUCCUGAUCAAGAGUGGCCUGUUGUAGCUGCAUGGAAAGUGAGCUCAAUGCAUGCUGUAAAGUGCAUCAUAGUAUAAAACGCAGGUAUUAGCACUGUUGAAAAAAAUUGGCUGGAAAAGUGUCCUUACUUUUCCAAUGAUAUUCAGCCAGUUGAAGAAAUAGGGCUAUAUCACUGUAUACCUCCCUUAAAUCCUCUCAGGGAGACAGAUGUUUAAAAUAGAUUGUGACCUAGGCCUAUUUGAUCUAACAUUUCUUACCACAGUCAUGAUGCUUCUUAAUGCUGGCGAUGAAAAACGGAUCUGCCUGGCUUGUGGUUUUUGUCCUUAUUUGCACUUUAUUGUAUUGCUGGCCCAGCCCAGAGCUGCAUAAUAAAUUCCAUUUGUUCUGUCUGAGUGUAACUGCUAGCAUUUAUAAAUGUACCUUAGCAACUGUAAAUUUCAUUAAGGUUCUUCACCAUGAGGAGCAUCUCUUUGUAAAUAACUGCAUGAGGAAACGUCACAAAUACUAGAAAAUUCCUCUAUGAGAAAAGCAGAUAGCAACAGAAAAGAAAAUUCCAGAAACAUUUUAAAUAGUUCUGGCUAAUGAUUGCUGUAGAAAUGAACACGGAAAAUGUUACUUAGAGAAGCUUUUUAUUGUCAAAAAUGUGCUUGUUCUUUUCACUAAUGACUGACAAGAAGCUGAUUGCAUCCCAAUGCAUGAUAUGAAAAAAAAAAAAGCAUGGCUUAUUUGGACCACAGAACCAACUUACUGUGUAUUUUCUGUACAAAAGCAGUUAUCAUACAGUAGUUUCAUAAAACACUUUGAAGUAAUGAAGAAACGGGAAAAGUGGUCCAAAAAGUGGUUUCUUAACUAGGUUUUAUUGUUUCUCUGUUAACAAGGAAAAUGUGUAACAACUGUCAGUGUCAAUUGGCAUCUCUGUUGUAUACUAUUAACUGCUGCUUUAUCUGCCUGUACCCCAUUUUACCAAACUUCCUUGAUGUUCUUAGGGUUACAGGGUACAAUUCUUCAUCUUACUCUUUUCACAGUUCGUUGGUUUGUACUUUAUGUACAUGUAUCGGUUCUUCAGUUUCAAAACAUUCAAUGCAUUUUAACGCUUGCAAUACGCAGGGGUGGUGCUGUGCUCAUGCUACAAUAUUACAAAUGGACAGAGAGGAAGAAAAAGGAUUAGACACGGAUUUUUUCAAAGGUGCUCAGCAUCCGUAUCUUAAAAUCAGCAGACAAUGUGGUAGUUCAGCCCCUCUGGAAAAGCGUAUAGUAUUUAUAUGCCAAAAGUUACCUCUUGGGUCAGUGGCACAAUUUAGAUUAGAAUCACUAGAGUAAAUAGAUACUUGAUUUGUGUUCAGAGCAACAAAAAA